AUGGUCCAGCCGGAAGAGCCAAGCGAACAGGCACCGAAGUUUGUGCGUGGUGAGCUACUGGCUGAUCUCGACAAACCUGGAGACUCCGUUGUGGUUGCGCUUGGGGGCCGGGGUGGUCUCGGAAACAACAUGGCCCGCCCGCAUGAAGCUACCUUGGGUGAGCCUGGCGAGGUGCGCAAAGUCGAGCUUGAGCUUAAGAUGGUGGCUGACAUUGGUCUGGUAGGCAUGCCGAACGCUGGAAAGUCUACCCUCUUAGGGUCUGUGAGUCGCGCUUGUCCGAAGAUUGCGCCCUAUCCUUUUACCACCGUUGCCCCGUACGUUGGCAAAGUCCAUUUCCUGGAUGGCUCUUCAAUAACCAUCGCUGAUGUGCCUGGGCUGGUCGAAGGGGCUCACACCGGGGCAGGUUUGGGACAUGAGUUCCUGCGCCACUUAGAGAGAACCAAAGUGUUGCUCUACGUGGUGGACUGCGCGAGAUCCUCGGAUCCCUUCUCAGAUUUCUUGAGCUUGCAGCGAGAAGUCGAAGUCUUUUCUCCAAGCAUGGCUUGCAAACCCUGCGCCGUGGUAGCCACGAAGUGCGAUCUGGAUCCUCAGCAGACGUUGCCCAAAGUCGACAAUCUGUACCGAUUGGUCAAGGAUGCAGAUGCCUAUGGCCGGGGCUCACCUCUAUUUGUUCGGGCCAUCUCGGCCCGGUUCGGUGAAGGGGUGAAGGGCCUGCUGCAGGAGCUCCGAGGGAUUCUGGGCGAGCAUGAGCGCUGGCUGGCUUUAUUGGACCAUGAAGCAGACGACGCUUUUCCAGAACCGCUGCUGAGCCCUGCUGGAGAAGGAGGCAGGGUGUAUCAGUUGCUUCGCAACCGGGCUGCACCCCUUGACCUCAAGAUUUUGGAGGCCUGCAAGUCUGCAUUACUGGACGGUCUUCCCGUCGAGGAGGGCAAGGCGGAUCCUGAAGGAGUCGAGUGCACCCGUUACACGAACAAGGAAGUCCAGGCAAAGCAGGUGAAUCUCCUGGCUGCGCUAGUGGAUCUCAUCAGACCACUGGCCGAAAAAGCGGAGGCUGCAACCGAGGAGCUGGAGGCCCACACCGUCCAGCGGCUGAAGUGGGAGGCGGAAGCCGAGCGGCGGGCCCGCACUGACGAGCCCAAGGUGGAUGAGAACGGGGAGGAGGUGCCUCCAGAGCCGCGACCCAGCGGACCUGACCCGGAGAAACUGGAGGGCUUGGGCUUCGCCAAAGGGUCGAAGAUGCACGGCUUGGAAGAGGCCCUGCCGUUGGCCUCACACAUCUGGCUGUCGGAGCAAAGUCUGCGACAGGAGAUGAGGGGCAACGACGGCAUCAAGGGCGCCUUCGAGUUCUUAGAACGCACGCUCGCGCUGCGACUACGUUAUCGCCACUUCUUGCGACCACCGCUCGUGGAUGUUGACGUGCUGGUUUGCAGCGAGCCGGAGCCAGAAAAGGUCAGACUACCGGAGCUCUACGAGCUCUUGUCUGGUGACAUAAACCAGUUCUCCCCGCAGAACCAACCUGGAGCAACGGCGGAUGUGGAUGAGUCAGGAAGUCUGACUCGAAAGAGAGGCAAACAUGUCUACGUCAUGGGCCAGCGCUUUGAUGCGUGGGAGAACUGGACGGCAGAGUAUCCGGUGCCAAUCCGGCGAUUGUGUGACUUCAAAGUUGCCUUCAUGUCCAGUGCCCCAGCGGCGAACAGGGCAGCUCCUGCACAUGCGAUCGGCAUACAUGAGCCUCGACCGAGUGAGAUAGACGGCAAGGUCGUGGAUCCUUGGAUGGGCGCUCCUUACAGAUGUGCAGGUGCUGGUGAUUCUUCAGGCUUCGAAGUCUUCGAGGAGUCCGAGGAGAUCCGACAGGCCAUGCUGAAGCAGCUGACGAAAAGCGGCCUGAUCACCCACAGGGUGCUGGAAGUCCCCGUGGACCCGCAUCCGGGCAACUCAGGAAAGCAGCUUGUACCCUAUGUCUUCUUCUCCGUCUAUGAUGAGCGAAACGUUUGGUCUGCGGACGGGAAAGCAUGCAAGAUGGAGGCAACCGCACCCGUCCUCGAUGAUGCUACACUUCUACCCGAGGCUGCCGCGGAGAAGCCCAAGGCGAACAGUGAGCAGCUGCUUCCGCCAUGGAGUCCCCUGAUGGAUUCGGCUUCUAUGUCCACGCACCACCUGCUUGAUCUGACUGCCGUUGUGACCAAGCACUUACAUGCAUCACCGCCUGAUGCAAGUUUCAAUGCGCUGCUCAGGGCAGACUUGCGGCAGACACCUGGGCAGCUCCAGGGCAAGCCAUUCCAGUCCUAUGUGAUGCUGAGUGCCGCUGUGGAAGCGCCUUGCCCACCCUUCGUAACCCGCCGCUUGCGGCUUCUUCGAGCCCUACAUAGCCUGUGGAAGGCCAAGACUGGUGGCGACGACUUCUUCGGCUCCGAAGAAGCAGCCGUGCCAGUGGGGGAGGAUCCUGACCAGGAAGCCGGAGCCACAUCGCCCAAAGGUAGGUGGAAGCGUCCGGAGAUCAUGGAUCGGCUGCUGGAGCUCAGCGACUGCCUGGAACGGACCCUCGGCGACUCCCAGGGCCAGCUGUUCCUGCUGUCUGCUCCGGACCUACUCGAGGAUCUGUGCGCCUAUGUCUUCCUGACCUUUGUGUGGCCAAAGAUAUGCUACAUGCAGGACAUUGCGCAACAGCAUGAACUGAAGGAGCGUGUGCUCCAUGAGAGGGAGAAGAAUGACAUCUCCGAGUGGUCACAUGUCUUGCGAAGGGUGCUCCCUUUCCUGCUGCGCACCCUGGAAAAGGUGCAGACAGUCGACGCACUCACGUUGGGAAGCGCAGGCUAUGCCUUGGCACAACUGUUUCUUCAGGAAGGCGACAGCCGCAAUGCGCAAAAGGAGCUUGGCUGCGCCAUCAUUCGACUGGAGCGUGAGCUCGGCAAAGUGGCCACGGCUGGCCCGCAAGCAAGGCUCGAUGCACAGACAGCCGCAGCCUUGUCCUUUGACCCGCCAUCCUUGCGGCCACCAGGCUUUGCCUUGUUCAGCAAGGCCCUGGCGAGUCCAGCGGAGCAAGGAACCACCCGAAACAUCCCGAGAAACGAGGAGGAGUUAAGCCCACGAGAAGCCAUGGUCGAUGUGGAUGACGCGACCUCAGGGGAUUCACGUCAAUGCGACAGUGCCGAGUGCUCGGCCGUGCAGCGCACGAGCUGGCCGAUCGGCUCUGUUUGCUUGGCCGUCUUUAUGACCGCUGGAUCGAGGCUGGUGGUCCACUUGCGCCAUCCGGAGGCGCCCGUCCGCAAGUUGCGCCCGAAUGAGGUUCGUGACGAGGAGCCGAUCCAGGCAAGCUUGGCGGGAGACAGCUCCACACGGUUGGCUAUGAGCUCGCAGGAGGCCGGCGUUCUGGGACGGCUUGGCGAGAACCCCUAUCUCAGAUGCCUCUUCUUUGUCUCCGUUGCGAGCCGAAGGCCCGAGGUGGCCAGCGCGGCCCUGGGCAAGGCAGUCAUGGAAGCUGACUCGGCGGUGUCUCAGGAGCGCAAUCUGUGGGCGCAGCAAGAAGAGGAGCUCUUGCGACAGCAGCUGGGUGCUCGAAAGAACGAGCAAUUCUGUAAGGAGCUUCGGCAGCAUCUUCCGGUUGUUGUGGCUCGAAUGCCAGGCUGCAUUCAUCUGCGACUGCCGCCUCUGAUGGGAGGGCUACCACCGCCGCUUGUGCCCAUAUCGCACGACCUGGACCCGGCGCCAGAGGAGUACCGAGAAUCGAUCCACUCGAAGCGGCUGGGAAUGCACUCGCCCUCGCAGACCGCGAUGACCUGUACCUUGUUUGGAAAGUCUGCUGGUGUGGGGACGGCCGUCUCCGAAAUGCACAAAGACCUUCAUGGAACAGGCUUUCGAUAUGCUGGCCUUGAGCUGGUGGAGGUCACGGGCCUCAAGCCAAACACCAACUAUUGCUUCGCCACUAUGUACUUCGAGGGCUUUGAGGCAAACCGCAGUGCGCUCUCUUCCGUCAGUGCGACAAGCCCGCCUAUUGGAUCCUACUACCCGCUGCCGAUUGCAAUUCUCAGAAUAAAGAUCUGCAAGGCCGCCUUGGCUGCAGGCGAUAUGGGGGCGCAAGCUUGGAAGAAGGCUUGGGUACCACUCUUCGAUUCCUUCUGUGAGCGCAGUGCUCCAGAUGAGGAGAUGGACUCCUAUGGCCUGCGAGCAUUCAAGCUGCGGCUUGAUGUGGUCGAUCGCUUUCCGCCGGCAGUCCUUGCUGCCUUUGCAGAAUUGGUGCUUUUGCGCCAUCGGCUCAAUGUGUCAGCGACCGUGGCAGGGAAUGGUUCCUCCUUUCCGUGCACGAAACCGGCACAACGGGCAGUCCUGCAGGCCGUGAACGAGUGCGUGCUGGCAGUCGAUUGCGCGCGAAGGGCCGGAUCCUGCUUUCUGAGCUGCCAAGCGGUGUCACUGACAAUGGAGCUGCUAGCCAACCUGCUGUGCUACCGCACAAGGCCCCAGGUUCUCUUCUCAACGCUCGCCAAGUGCGUCACGUGCCUGGAAGCCUUCCCGCUGCCCGAGAGGCAGCUUCCGUGGCAUUCCAAGGCUCGGAGAAUGGUGAUGUACCUCUUGCACCAGGUGACGGUCAUGUCGGUGCAGCUUCGGCAGGUGAGCUUCUUGACGAAGGCGCUGGAGCAGGAUCUGCCCGAGCGCUACGCCGCCAAUCCACUCGCGGACUCGGCGGAAGUGGCGCAAGUCCAGAAGCUUUUGCUGGACCAGGCCAUUGAAUUGGCAUUGCUUGGCAGCCAGCAGUGGCAAUAUGCAGAGAAGAAGGCCACAGUGGCGCUCAAGGACUCCUCAGACAAGGAGGUAUUGCUCAAGCUUCUGAAGGAUCUCUCGGACAAGAGCUACGUGUCCUUGGUGAAGGAAGCAGUGACUCUGGCCCUUCGCGAGGAGCCGGAGAGGCCCUUGUUUGCCCUGUCCUUGCUGCGGUCUGCAGCUUCGCGAGGGGAUCCGCAGGAGCUCUCGGAAAGCCUUUCCUCGGUCCUCUCAAAGCACCGCUGCUGCCAGGUAUUGGAUGAUCGACUCCAUCGCGGACAGGAGGAGUACAAGAAGUAUGGCUUCCUAUUGCGAGCUCUUCCACCCGCGCGGCUCGAGUUCCCAGAGGAAGUGGAGGAGGACGCGCCUGCCGAUGCUGCUGCUGCUGCGGAGGAUGACGAGGCCACGCUGAAACCUGCGGAGGAAGUGCCACCGGAGGCGGUGCCUCCACUCCAACUGGAAGAUGUCUUGGACAGUGAGUUCCUGUCGCAGCUGGAGCUGAGCCGCGCCGCCGCCCUGAUGCAAGACCUCUCGGGCAUCCAGCGGAAGCGCCACGACAUCUCGAGGUUCAGGUUCUUCGACCUGAAGCAGGUGGCCGUUCCCCUGCUCUCUCCAGAUGGCGCCACACUAGGCGUCUACGAGGAAAUCGAAGAGCCUCCACUGGCAGAUGACCCAGAGACGGCCGCAGAAGAGGCAGAGCUCACGGAUUGGCAGAAGGAAGAAGCAGCUGACAAGGAGGCACAAACUCGGGCCUUCUCGAUUCUUCAGGAGCUGUUGCGAUUGCUGGCACGGGCCGCUGGCUAUGCUGCUGCCCGCAAUGCAGAUCAACUGCUGCUGGCGUCUCUGGCAUCUGCGCUUAACGCCCUCCUUUUGGUCGCUCCAGCUCCCGAAGCUUGCGUUCCAACGGGUCCGAAGUCGAACCCGAUGGACAUCGAUCCCGACCAGCAUGUAGGGGCGGAGGAGGCACAGGCUGGACCUGAAGAGGCCAAGGAGAAGGAGCCAGCGGAGGAGCCAGCGACGGAUGUGUGGUUGAGCCUAGCCGUCAUGGCAGAGCUUGCCGUAAAGGCCAUGUUGCGGCUGAAGGGCAAGUGGGCAGCAGCAGAUCCGCUGAAAGCCGGCCACGACUCCUUAGCGGUUCAAAAGAAGCUCGAGGAAUUGGACGAGGAGGAGCGAGCUGCCUUGGUAGCCCAGAUUGCGGUCCAGGAGUUGCAGGCUGUGGACGAGGAGCUCCAUGACGUUUGGUUCGAAAAGGUGCCAGAGUUGGAUGUCGCAAGUGUAGCCAAGCUGGUCGCAUUCUCCGUGCUCUGCCUCUAUCACAUGAGGCGCUGGAGCAACAUCAUUGUUCUAUGUCGUGGCUUCAACGACGCCACGUGCUCUGUUUACGCGACAACGUUCCUACCGCUGAUGAUCGGGGCGCAGAAGGAGAUCUGCAACUUGUCCAAUCGUGCUCUUGCGAACACGCAGCGGUACAUUGCGGAGUCAAAGGCGACCUUCGAGGUGCAGCAAAAAAAGUUGCCGCGCAAGCUGCUCCGUCAACUGGCCCUUCAGGGUGAACUGAGCGAACCCGAGCAACUCUUCCGGAAGAGGGCGGAGUACUACAACGCCUUCGCAAAGCGACAGAAGAAGCUGCAUGGAGUCUGGUCGUCGUUGCUGAAGGCCCUCGAGGACUCCCACAACCUUGCAUCUCGUGCUGUACCGGCAGCCAUGGAACAGCUUCGCAAGAGCCGCCUCCUCCUCGCAGAAUUCUUGCAGGAUCGCGAGGCGUUCAGCCUGGCAGUCCAGCGAGGGCAGCUUGUCGACGGUGAAAGGGACAUGAAAGAGAGGCCGCUCAGGCUUGCAGCCACAGCUUUGGUGUCGUCCUACCGCAAGGCAGUGGAGCUGCUUCGGAAGCGGCAGAUGUCGGACCAGGUGGUCCAGGCCCUCCAUGAACUCGGCAACUUGCUCUGGCUCGAGGGCGAUGCCGGCGGGGCCCGUGAUGCAUGGAGCGACGCAGUGGACACGGUCUUCCAGUUCCCCUUUGCCAUCAAGAACUGGAGCAAGUGCAUCGAUGCCAGCCUCAGCCCGCCACAGGAUGCUUCUCGAGUGGAGAUCCUGCUGCUUACCGUGGUGAUUCUCUCAAAGCAUGCCCGCCUUACCAAGCCCAAGGAUGUAACAUCUCACCUCAAUGCCGCACUCUUCGCCUCCAACAUCAUCGAGGCCAUCCUCACCACAGCUUUGCCAAAUCCGCCGCGCCGGGAUCAAUUUGCGCUUGGCAGGCACCGGCUGCGCGAGAUUUUCUUCGGCCUGCGUGAGACGAGGAUGAUACUUUCGCCAAGCAGCGUUCAUGGUGGCGUGGAUGGUGCAAACUUCCUUGGUGCCUUGGGCUUCUUCCAAAACACUCUAUUGGUGACGGACUAUCAGCCCUCUCGCUGCCUGCCCAUUUGCAUGCUGUACAACUACGUCGCCACUGACGUAUGCAGGAACCUGGCGCUUGCGGUGAAAGGACGGCUGAUGGCAGUCCACUCGCUGAUCCGCUGCUGCUCCCUGACAGAGGCGUGGUUGGCUCUGCACUCCGUGUCGCGCGGCUAUGACAAGCCCAGGGGGCUCAUGGCCAGCGAGGCCUUGGACAUCGCUGUUGCGGAAGCACAAGAGAUAACAGCUGCACAGCCAUUCCGCUGUUUCGAGGAGCCGGCAUCCGCGUCGAACGUCCAGGCCAUCAACCAGCUUAUGGAGCUGACUCUGACACCGCAGGGCGCGGGGGCAAUGGAGUCUGAGGCAACCGGAGCUGCAGCUUACAACCUGCGCUUCUUCAAGCAUCUCAAGGCCGAGUUCCUAAUCGCUGUGUGUAGUUACCAGCGGGUCUUCCCGAAACUCAACGAGCCCCAGGAGAAGGACCGCGUGGCGUUGCUUGACAAAGCUGAUGCGUUGCUGGUAGAGAUUUGGAAGGAAAUCACAGGAAAUGACGAUGACAGAGAGGCCUGGUCUACUGCAAGCCGCACCUCUCGAGAAUCUGGUGCAGAGGAGCCGACUCUCCAAGAGCCCUCGAGGCCACUGUCAGAGGAAGAAGGGGAGCUCUGUGCGGAAGUACGCCUCAUGCGAGCCAAGGUGCAGGAAGGCAAAGGUGACCUUGGCAAGGCCAUCCAAGAGGUGUUGUAUGGAAUGGAGUUCCUGCGGCGCUUGGCCGUAGCUGGAACGAAAGCUAGCCAGGACUGCAACCUUGGGGCGGCCAGCUCCAGCAGGCUUCGGGCGCAUCCUGGUUCCAAGUGCUGGAUGCGUCUGCGAUCGUACAUGGUAAACCUGCUGGUGAGUCAGGGCCGACUCCAGGCUGCGGCGGCCCACAUCCAGCAAGGCCUGGAGGAGAGCAAGGUCACGCAGCACGACGUGGCACGAGUGGAGUUGCUCAUGGCAAAAGUGAAGAUGGAGGUGCUUUCGGGUCGGCUGCUGGAGCUUCAGGGCGAGCGCCACCUCGGAGCCAUCCCUGCAGCGGAGUGCUGCUUGGCGGUCGCUGCAAGGAACCUGCCUAUACCAACUCCCAGCGCUGUGUACGCACGGAUGAUGCUCUUCAACAUGCUGCAGCAGAAUCCAUCUCUGGUACAGCUGAAGCGCACAGAGGAUAGCGCGGAAGCACUGGAAGCAACCGGCGGAGCAGAAGAGGAGGAGGUGGAUCCGAGCGAGAUGUUGCUUCUGGAAGCAGCAGGGUCCAUUAUCAUUUCGCCCAUUGCGAAGCAGUUGCAGAAAGAGAACAAGAAGGGUACAAAGAAGAUGACUUUCCACGAGUUGCAAAAGAUGUUGGCAGACAUGGUUGCCGAAUGUCUCAGUGAUGUGGAGAAGCUUCUGGAGGUUCAAGGGGUGCAGCGAGCGCACCUGCACCCACGCAACGUCAACAGCUACUGCGACUUCGGCCCUGACAGUUGCGGGGAGGAGGCCUUCAAGCCGCCUGCUGAUCCGCCUUUGCUCCCGGAGAUCAAAGCACGCUUCCGUGAGUUGUCUCACAAUGACUCCCGGGAACCGCCCAACAUCUACUUGCAGCUCAUGCCACUUCGGCUGCAUUGCCAGCUGGAGCUCGCAUCGCUGCGGUUGGACUUGGGGGAGAUGGAGGAGGCCUUCCAGCUGCUGCAGGAUGCGGAGCUGUGCAUGACAAGGUGCGUCUAUUUGGUGCCCUGGAACUACGUGCAGUUCUGCAAGCUGAAGCUGAGGUGGAGGAAGCUCACCUACCGCUUGGGGUUGGCAACGACAUCUGCUCCACUGGACGCGCCAAAUGCGAUCCUGUAUCGCGAUCCCAAGACCUUUGCGACCGGCAUCUGCCCAGCAACCGACUCGCCGCUGUAUCGGACGUUUAUGGAGCGGGUGAAGGCUCCACAGACUGUGGUCCUUUCAGAAUGGGUCCCUCCAUACGAACGGCAGCCAGAGGAGGGGCUGCAGCUGUACAUGCAGGAGUUCAUGGGCGUGGCCAAGAUGAUCCUGAAGGAAGGUGGCAACGAUCUUCAGCAGCUGUUGGAACUUCUAGAUGAGGGCCUGGAGGAGGUGCUGCGAGUAGAGGCGGUGCUUUUGCGAGAGCCGGAGCGGACGCCUGGCUACCAGCGCAUCUACCCCUUCUUCGCAUGCUUCUCUGCCAUCGCCAAGAGCCGCAAGGCUUUGCUUUUCCCUGGCAAGGACGCUCCGAAGGGAGCUGCCGGACCUCCAGCCGUCGAUCUGGACAAGCUCCCCUUGAGAAUAGCGCUGGACCUGCAGCGACACCUGCAGCGCCAGGCGGCAGAGGGUGCGUUGGCAUACAGUAGCUCGGCAUUGGAAGCUGCCAAGAAGCAGAUCCUGUACAGGUCCAUGAUGAGGCAUACCCUCGCCUUACGCCGCGAGUGUGACUUGUUUGGAAGCCUGUUCUUGGACAUGAGGCUCUUGACUGAUCAACUGCAUGUCUCGCUCUCACAGUGCUGUGAGGCGUACUCCAAAGCUCGAGUUUUGGAUGAAAGCACGCUGCAGCUGCUGGAGACCCCGGCAGAGGUACCUGUUGGUGGCACAAUCUUUGUGCGCUGGUCGCAGCCAGAACUUCGGGCAACAGCUGCAGCCAAUUGCUUAGGUCUGGCAAAGGUUUUGAUCACCUGCAGAAUUUUGGUCAUGCGAGUCUGCAAACGAGGCUGGCGAAUCAUCACAGUCUGGGCCACCACCAUGUGA